AAACAAACUCUUCAACUUCAUAUAUGUAUCUAGUGUAGUCAUUAUUUCAACAGAAUAUUUCAACUGAAUACAAAAAUUGCUUAUGCAUUCAUGCAUAAAUAUAAUCAAACGAAUAACAUCUAAUCCUGUAUGAUAUGAGUUCAAUGAAUGUAUUAGAUCAAGAUGGCAAGAAUAUUGAAAACCUCCUGCCACUUUCAUCAUCGAAUGAAACUUCAUUUUGUUUAUGGUGGACAUUAAUUGGAUUCUUUGCAUCAUUCCUAAUCACUGAACUUGUAUCACCGGCUGCAUCGCGGAGAUACUUCAAAGCCUACGAGCAUCUAACAAGAAAACAAUUCCUGGAAUGGAACACAAGGCUGCUUUCAACAGUGCAUUCCAUCUUCAUUUUAUUGAUCAGCGUUUACUGCCUGCUGUUUAACAAGAAAAUGCUUGAAGAUAAAUUCUUCUAUUCAGAUACCCUCAGCGAUUUCGGGAUAUGUAUAUCCUGUGGCUAUAUGAUAUAUGACUGCUGUACGAUGAUUAUGUACAUGAAAGGUGCUUCACUAUGGACUUUUCUUAUUCAUCAUUCGGUUGUAGUUUGGGGAAGUUCUGAAUUAUUGAUUAAUCGAAUGGGAAAGUAUUACGCCUACCUCAAGUUCCUGACGGAGUUGUCAACUCCUUUCAUUAACAUAAGAUGGUAUUUACGUACAUGUGGAUAUUCUUCAAAACAUAAAUACGUUGCUGUGACAACCGCUUUGUUUGCAGUCACAUUUAUUCUGACCAGGAAUAUUGGAGCAAUACCUUUUUGGUACGCGCUUAUCUACAACAUGCAUCAUCAUACUACUGAAGCACAGAGAAUCUUCUUAACUAGCACCUUUAAACUGUACUUUGUUUUAGGCAUUGUACUUGAUAUAUUGAAUAUAUUUUGGGGCACUAUAAUAUGCUCAAUGUUAUGGCAAGCGAUUAAAUCUUUAAAGAAUUCUUCAAAGAGUACAGAUUCCAAAUAAAUUUUCCAUAGCUGUUUUUUUGUUUGUUUUUGUUUUGUUACUAUCGCUGCUUUUGUUGUGCAUAUAUGCAUAUGUGCGUGUGUGUUCUUAAACUUUGCAUUACAUCAUUACAAAACAUUUCUUCAGGGAUAUUUACCUACAUAUUUUAUUUUUUGGUUCUCCUCUUAGUUUUAAAUUAUAUUCUUGUGACUUUUCUUUGUAAAUUAAGUGAGCAUUUUAUGUGAACGGGAAUCUUCUUCUUUUUGUGUGUGUGUGCAUAUGUAAUUAACACAUAACUUUUGAACUGAGCCAAUUCUAUUCAGAGUAGUUUCUAGUUAAAUGACUUCAGAGACAGACAAAAUGCUAAAUUUGUGUGUCGUCAAAAGUUUUGUUUUCUAUUACUGAUUAUAUAUCAGAUGGGUUUGAUUAAUCAACGCAAAACAAACUAUUAUUGCUGUCUUCUGAAUUUAGUAAGAGUAAUGCUGAACUAUCCUGAAGAAUUUGUACUAGAUUGGAUAUUUCAAUGAGAUUUAGUAGGAGGUAGAUAACAGAACGAGUAUAUCGGUAAUCCUCACCUAUCCCAAACAAUAAUUAGUCCUCAUAAUCAUUGCACCGACAGGUAUGAGUGAUUGUCACAAGUUCACUGGGUC